GCCCUUCCGGGGCGCAGGAGGAUUUCGGGUCCUGGCACCCAGGGCCGACGCCCGGAGACUCCGCCUUCCCAGGAGCCCCUGCGGCGGGUCGCGAAGAUGGCGGCGGCGGCGGCGGCCGGACACCCCUAAAGCAACCGCGAUGGACCCUCCCCAAGCGCCGGGGCCGGAGCGACUCUUUGACUCGCACCGGCUCCCGGGUGACGGCUUCCUGCUCCUCGCGCUGCUGCUCUACGCGCCCGUCGGGUUCUGCCUCCUCGUCCUGCGCCUCUUCCUUGGGAUCCACGUCUUCCUAGUCAGCUGCGCGCUGCCGGACAGCGUCCUUCGCAGGUUCGUGGUGCGGACCAUGUGUGCGGUGCUGGGGCUCGUGGCCCGGCAGGAGGACCCGGGACUCCGCGAUCACCGCGUCCGGGUCCUCAUUUCCAACCACGUGACGCCUUUCGAUCACAACAUAGUCAACCUGCUCACCAGCUGCAGCACCCCUCUACUCAAUAGCCCCCCCAGCUUUGUGUGCUGGUCUCGGGGCUUCCUGGAGAUGGAUGGGCGGGGGGAGUUGGUGGAGUCACUCAAGAGAUUCUGUGCUUCCACGAGGCUUCCCCCAACCCCUCUGCUGCUCUUCCCCGAGGAAGAGGCCACCAAUGGCCGGGAGGGGCUCCUGCGCUUCAGUUCCUGGCCAUUUUCUAUCCAGGAUGUGGUACAGCCUCUUACCCUUCGAGUCCAGAGACCCCUAGUCUCUGUGACGGUGUCAGAUGCCUCCUGGGUGUCAGAACUGUUGUGGUCACUUUUUGUCCCUUUCACGGUGUACCAAGUAAGGUGGCUCCGUCCUGUUCAUCGCCAGCUGGGGGAGGGGAAUGAGGAGUUCGCCCUGCGUGUACAGCAGCUGGUGGCCAAAGAACUGGGCCAGACAGGGACACGACUCACCCCCGCAGACAAAGCAGAGCACAUGAAGCGACAAAGACAUGCCAGAUUGCACCCCCAGUCAGCCCAGUCUUCUUUUCCCCCCUCCCCUGGCCCUUCUCCUGAUGUGCAGCUGGCAACUCUGGCUCAAAGAGUCAAGGAGGUUUUACCCCAUGUGCCACUGGGCGUCAUCCAGAGAGAUCUCGCCAGGACUGGAUGUGUAGACUUGACCAUCACCAAUUUACUUGAGGGAGCUGUAGCUUUCAUACCUGAAGACAUCACUGAGGGGACCCAGGCCCUUCCCACAGCCUCUGCCCCCAAGUUCCCCAGCUCUGGCCCGGUGACCCCUCAGCCCACAGCCCUAACAUUUGCCAAGUCCUCCUGGGCCCGGCAAGAAAGCCUACAGGAGCGCAAGCAAGCACUAUAUGAAUAUGCAAGAAGGAGAUUCACAGAAAGACAGGCCCAGGAGGCUGACUGAGCACAGGAUGGCACCCAGAGCCGCAGGACGGAGCCUGGGGGCAGCCCUCACCCAACUCAACAGGCCGGAUGGGUGGGUGGUAGAAAGGGAGAGAUGGCUCCCCCCCAGUAUCACAUUAAAUUCAGGGCUUUCACUCAA